AUGCGUGACGCCUAUAUUCUCCGGUAUGGUUACCUCAUCCCCCGAGCAGUGCGCAGCGAGAGUCCGAGUGGGAGGAUGUUGAAGGCGGCCAGCUCGCCUCAUCGGCGUCACGAACCCGAUGACGGCCUCAUCCUACCUCAGAAGAUCACGAAUCCCUGCCUUCAGAGCCCGGAAAGGAGGAAUCUGCAUCGGGAACUUCUCUUCAACCAGAAAACUUGGACUGUGACGGACAUGACACUCAAGGAGGGAAGGGAGAAGGAGAGGUGUGAUCCAUAUGAUGGUGCCGGAGGUCGAAACGUCCUGAAUCAGAAGACUGAAUUGCAGAGAGCACUGCAGAGGCAUCAAGAUAACAUCCGCCAGAAGGAGCAAGAACUAGAAAAGACCUCCCAACAGACCUCCCUCGAAAAGGCCCUUCAUGCUCAGGCACUCAAGCUUCACGAGGUUCUGCAGCCUUCCCCCUAUCUCAUUCUUUCUGUCAUCCAUUAACUGUCUCGAAUGCUCUAAUUGAAGGAGGGAGUUGCCGUGUUGUCGUGCUAGGGCAAAGGUUCUCAAUCUUCAUGUUUCGUUGCACGCGGCGUGAAGCUUUCAGGGUUGGUGAAAGAGAUUUUUGCGAUCAUGAUGUGUCGAAAAAACCAACACUUUCGAAGUCCAUCGCUACAAGUUUUCCAGAAUUUAAAAAAUGUUAUCUCAACAGAGUUUCUUUCAUAACUUGGCCAUCUCGUCUCCGAGGUAGAUCUAUAGUGUCCUAUUGCGGAAUUUCAGGGCUGCCAUCGCAAGGAAAUUUACUAUUUUCUGGCCAAUUAAAUCAAUGGCUCGGUGCUUGAUAGUGCUCAGCUAGUAACUUGUAUUUUCUAAUAUUCAAUGCUUGAAAUAAAUCAACAUAAAGAUGGAGGAUUGAGGCCUCCACCUGCCAGUUGGGUCGUGAUGUAAAAAAAGAACAUUUGAAAUGUUCCGAGUGCUCUGUCAACUUUCAAGAUAGCGAAAUCGUGUUAAUAAAGCUUGUAAAGCUUAUCACCUUGCGUCAAGAGCUUCAGUCAGAAGCUGCACUUGUCUUACGACAGUGCAUUCUUCCUUGCAGCUUAGAGGUGCAAGGUGUGAGGGCCUUUUUAUCGUCGAAACAACCUGCUAUUGAUUUCAGUGUCGGUCAUUGUUGACCGACCGUGACAGUCGUUGUUGACUGACCGUGACAGUCAUUGUAAAAUGGCGGUCAACGAUGACUGUCCCUGCCCAGGCUGUCAACGACUGUCAUUGAAGUAAUUGACGUCAGUAAUGAGCUGUCGCGUUUCGAGCUCCAGGGCCCGGAACCUUGAAACACAUUGACAGCUUUCAUCAUCUAGAAAGUCUUACGUCAGUCGAAGGAAUAGACUUCGCACUUCCUCUUGACCUUUAACUUUUGCUUUAGAAAGAAUUCGGAAUGUUCCGAAUCCCCUGGAUUUCGACCUAGGGGGUCUGGCAGUUUGUAUAUCGGUAUGCACAUCAUUGUCCAUACCGAUUUUCCCCAGCACAAUAAUUGAGCACGGUCGUGCUCUCCACUUUAAAGAAACCACGCACAAUAAGCGAAAAGAUCCAUGAACCAUUAUAUGGAGAUACCUGAGAAUUACAAUGCAUUGUCUCAAAGACAAUUGAAUGAAAACCACUGCCUUAUUUCGAUACACUCACAGUUACACCCCCCCUUUGAAAAAGAGGUCUGUGGGAGAUUGAAGAAAAAAUGAGAGGAGAAAGGAGAUGUGACCGUGAAACUAUGAUCGGACGGAGAAUUCCGAGACUUUCCCAGCACAUCUUGGAAAAAGUUCUCCUCUUGUGAUUCGCUGCACCAUCAAAUUUUCUCAUCCGU